AUGAGCCCCAGCGUUCCAACUACGAAUCGUGCCUUAUGGCUCUCCGCGUUUGACAAGCCUCUAGAGCUCGUUGAACUGCCCGUUCCUGACGCAACACCUGGCUCAGCUGUCAUCCAAGUCCUGAACACGGUGGUAUUUCCUUAUGCCGAAGAUAUUCACACAGGCAAGCUACCAGUCUUCAACUUGAGCCUCCCCUUGGUACCUCAUCCAAGCCAUAUUGGCCGGGUACAGGCUGUCGGGUCGGAUGCCGUAUUCGCCAAGCCCGGUGAUCUGGUCUUUUUCUCAGCUGCCAUUUAUGCGCGAGACGACCCCAGCGUGAAUAUCAUCCAGGGCCACCACGGCGGAGAGGGGACCAAAGGCCGCAAGCUCAUGCAGGGAGAAUGGCGCGACGGCGCUCUCCAGCAGUAUCAAAAAGUUCCCCUCGAGAACAUAUUUGUGUUAGACGAGGACCGGCUAUGCAAGAAACUUAGAUAUACGCCGGCGGACCUUCACGAGAUCUCGUUCUACAGUAUCUCUGCUGGAGCUUUAUUGGAGGGUGCCAACCUACUUGCGGGCGAGACGAUUGUACUUGGACCAGCCACUGGAACUUACGGAGGUAUCACCUCUGACAUGGCACUGGCUCUGGGCGCUAACGUCAUUGCCAUUGGUCGCAGUGAGACAAAGCUCUCCUACUUGAAGCAACAGCUUGGUAACCACGAGCGUUUCAGCUAUGUUGUCAUGACGGGAGAUGACAAGGCGGAUGCAGCUGCAAUCCGAAAGGCAAGUCCAGGCGGACGUGGUGUCGAAGUAUACAACGAUUGGGCAUCAGGCAGCUUGAAUGGCUCUCCGUACUUCUCGGCCGCCUUACAGGCUGUGCUACCAGAAGGCAGGGUUGUCCUCAGCGGAGCGCCAUCCGGGUCAAUUUCGGUCCCGUAUACGCUCUUGAUGCACCAAAACAUCAAGAUCAUUGGCAAGGUCAUGGUAUCACGAGCAGGAAUUGAGUCGACUAUCAAGAUGGUGAACUCGGGGGUUCUCAAGCUCGGCAAGCGCGGGGGCUCGAGCCAUAAGGUAUACGGCUUGGAGGAACAUCACGAGGCUUUCGAGGAUGCGAGGCAAAAUAGUGGCUUUAGAGUCUACACAGAUAUUGCUCCUAACUCGUGGUAG